AUGAAGGUAUCAACACAAGAAAAGUUUGUGAGACCUGUUUUUAUUCAGCUGAUUGGGAUGUCAACCAAUAAACACCAUCGUCAUGGUUUUGAUGCAGACCGAGAUGCCAAGAAAUUACAUAGCGCCUGCAAAGGAGCGGGAACGGAUGAAAAGAAAAUCAUUGAAGUCUUGUCAAGUCGAACAUCGGAGCAGAGACAACAAAUAAAACAGAAGUACAAGGCUCUCUAUGACAAGGAUUUGGAAGAAGUCCUGAAGGGAGACCUGAGUGGGAAUUUUGAAAAGGCUGUGCUGGCUCUGCUGGACCUGCCCUGUGAGUACGAGGCCCGAGAGCUUCAGAAGGCGAUGAAGGGUGCUGGGACGGAUGAGUCGCUGCUGAUUGAGAUUCUCUGCACACGAAACAAUAAGGAAAUUGUAGACAUAAAGGAGGCAUACAAACGGCUCUUUGAUAAGGAACUAGAGUCUGAUGUGAAAAGUGACACAAGUGGCUCCCUACGGAAGAUACUAGUCCUUCUGCUGGAGGCAACUCGAGAUGAGUCCCAACAGGUACACACAGAGCUCGCUGAGCAAGAUGCCACAGAGCUGUAUCAAGCAGGAGAAGGUCGCUGGGGAACAGAGGAGCUGGCUUUCAAUGUGGUCUUAGCAAAGAGAAGCUAUAGUCAGCUGAGAGCUACUUUUCAAGCCUAUGAAAAGGUGUAUGGGAAGGAUAUAGAAGAAUCCAUUAAAAGUGAAACAUCUGGAGAUCUGGAGAAGGCUUAUCUCACUCUUGUCAGCUGUGCCAAAGACUGCCCAGGUUACUUUGCUACCCUUCUGAACAAGUCAAUGAAAGGAAGUGGGACUGAUGAAAAGACUUUGAUUCGCAUCCUUGUGACCAGGGCUGAGAGCGACCUGCCAGCAAUAAAGGAGAGGUACCAGCAAAUGUACAAGAAGUCGCUAGCUGAAGCUGUCCGAUCUGAUACCUCUGGGAACUUCAGAAAGUUGCUGCUGGCUCUUUUGCACUAA